UUCCUGCACAUCUGCAAAAGGAAGGGAGAGAAGCACUUCGUCAUCUCACUGGGAAGAACAGCAAGGGCAUACCUGCAGCUACUGAGGUUCCAUUGGGCUUGAGAAUCAAUUUUUCAUCUUUUGAAGGACAAGAUGCGUUGGAAGAUAUUGCUGCUUCUACUGCUGUAUUACAAUGCUCAGGCUUCUGUGUGCCACAGGUGGAGUAGGGCCGUGCUCUUCCCUGCUGCCCACCGGCCAAAGAGACUCUCAUCACUGCCAUUGAACCCAGUCCUGCAGACCUCCCUGGAGGAGGUGGAGCUGCUCUAUGAGUUCCUGCUGGCCGAACUUGAGAUCGGCCCUGACCUGCAGAUCUCUAUCAAGGACGAGGAGCUGGCCUCCUUGCGGAAGGCCUCGGACUUCCACACCAUCUGCAACAACGUCAUCCCCAAAAGCAUCCCAGACAUCCGCCGGCUCAGCGCCAGCCUCUCUGGCCACCCUGGUAUCCUCAAGAAAGAAGACUUUGAAAGGACAGUGCUGACCCUGGCCUAUACAGCCUAUCGCACGGCCCUGUCCCAAGGCUAUCAGAAGGACAUCUGGGCCCAGUCCCUCAUUAGCCUCUUCCAGGCCUUGAGGCAUGACUUGAUGCGCUCCUCACAGCCCGGAGUGCCUCCCUGAGAGGCUGGCCCACACCAGGGCCUCGGAGCAGGGACCAGCACAGUCAUCCAGAAAGUCUUCAUUCUCUACUCCAUUUACAGAGACCAGCAACAGAACACAUACCGCCGACACAGAGCAGCAGAGAUCAAAUCAGAGUAACCCCGAUGCUCUUUUCUCCUUGUAGUUUCCUGGAAGACACAUCUGAUUCAUGCCAUCAUGUGACUGGGCUGGAAGAAAGGGCUGGAGUGGUUAUUCAAAAUGCCUCCACGGGUGGAAUGGUUUGCCUGCGGCAGGCAGAAGUCUGAUAUGCUUCAACCCAGAGCACUGGACACACACACUCCAGAGUGAGGACAGGCCAGGCACUAUGGCUCACGCCUGUAAUACUAGCACUUUGGGAGGCUGAGACGGCAGGAUUAUUUGAGGUCAGGUGUUCAAGACCAGCCU